GCGCAUGCGUCAUCUCUUGACAUUGCCGCUCGCGGGAGAAUUCGAAUCCAGCUGUGCGGGCGCCAAACGGAGCUGGUCGUGGAGUCUCAACGACUUUUAUGGAUUGCAAAGUGAUACAACAUGGCAAAACGUGAAGCUUUUCUACAGGCUGCUUUUAAUUGUGCCAACAAGGAGUUCUUGCAUUUUAUCCAACUUCAUAAAGAUGCAGCAGAUCCAUUUGAUUUGAAUGAGUUGUUGCAAGAAUUAUCUAGAAAGCAGAAAAAAGCAUUGUGGGAGAAGUUAACACAGUGGUUGGCACAAGUUUUAGUGGAAGACCCAAUAGAAGAAUGGCAGAGAGUUGGAGAAGACUGUGAUGAUGACAUGGAAACUGAGAUGGCUGCUAAAAGGGAAGAAACCACAGCUGUCAUCCAAGGUGUUGCCACUGUAGUUACUACUUCCAUACCCACAGUAGAUGAAAAUGUAGACUUCAAAGCUCUUUUAGAAUGUGCACUGAUAUUAAAUGGCAUUCUUUACACAUUACCUGACUCUGAAAAAUCUCUGCUGGGAGCCAUCCAAUGCCUAUGUGAGCGAUGGUGGGAGAAGGGACUUGAAGGAAAAGAAGAGUUUGGGAAAAGUGCUUUCAUCAUGCUUCUGAAAAAGAGUCUUGAAAAGAAAAUUGUUGCGGGUGUGGAUAUAGUCCGUCUAUGGCAUCUUCACCAGGCUUUACUGUGUUUUGAUUAUGACUCAGAGGAGAGUAAUGAAGUGAAAGAUUUAUUACUCCAGUGCUUUAUGAGUAUUGGCCAUAUUAAAAAAGAAGAGGGGAGAAGAUUCCUGAGUUUUCUUUUCACAUGGAACGUGAACUUCAUUAAAAUGAUACAUGGGACUGUUAAAAAUCAGCUGUUGUGUUUUCCUAGGUCCCUGAUGACACACAUUGCUGAGGUUUAUUUCAGAGCCUGGAAGAAGGCUUCAGGGAAUAUACUGGAGGUGAUUGAACAUAGCUGCAUUCAGGAUUUCAUGCAUCAAGCAAUUCACCUCCCCAGGAACUCUCCAUUAAACUCUAAAGUGCGAGAGUUGCUGAUCUAUUUCCACAAACAAAACAAAUGUCGUCAGGGAGUUGAAGAAGUUGUUUAUAGACUUUAUCAACCAAUUCUUUGGAGAGCAUUGAAGGCCAGAAACUCGGAAGUCCGAUCAAAUGCAGCCUUGCUAUUUGUUGAUGCAUUCCCAAUUCUUGAUCCAUCUUUUAAUAAAGAAGAUAUGGAAAAUGAAAUCCAAAGGCAAUUUGAUGAGCUCUUUACUCUCUUAGAAGAUCCUCAACCUCUAGUCCGCUCAACAGGUGUGCUUGGUGUUAGUAAAAUAGCAUUCAAAUAUUGGGAAAUGAUUCCUGCAAAUGUGCUUGCUGAUCUCUUAAAAACUCUAAUUGAAGAUCUUGCUUUUGAUGCAAGUUCAGCUGAUGUUCGAUGCUCUGUUUUUAAAUGCUUGCCUAUAAUUUUGGACAACGUACUAACCCACCCAUUAUUGGAACAGCUCUUGCCAGCCCUGAAAUACAAUCUCCAUGACAAUUCGGAGAAAGUUAGAGUGGCUUUCGUUGAUAUGUUGCUGAAAAUUAAGUCUGUCAAGGCUGCUAAGUUCUGGAAAAUCUGUCCUAUAGAGCAUCUCUUAACUCGCCUUGAGGUUGAUUCACGGCCUGUGUCCCGGCGCAUAGUAAAUCUCCUGUUCAGCUCUUUCAUGCCCAUCGAUCAACCAGAAGAAGUGUGGUGUGAGCGCUGUGUCACACUAAUCCAAAUGAACCCAGCAGCAGCUAGAAAGUUCUACCAGUAUGCUUAUGAGUACACCAGCCCAACCAACAUAGCUAAAUUGAUGCUUACCAUUCAGAGCUGCUUGAACGCCUGUAUCCGGCAGGGAUUAAAAGCAUCUGACAGCGAUGAUGAAGACAGUGAGAAAGAGAACAUGAGUGUGCCACAUAAUGUGUUGUCAGUUGAUGACAUACCUUCCAUGGCAGGCUUACUUGAAAUAAUUGUAAUUCUGUGGAGAAGCAUUCAAAAAUCACUUAAUCGCAACGAAGGAGCCAAAAACCAUAUUGUCCGAAAAUUUGCUUCUGUACUAUCUGAAUAUUUAAAAGUAUUUAGGGAUGAGCGUUGUGUGUCACCAAUAAUUAUCCUUGCAUCUUUCAUGACUCCUGCUGCUAUUCCUACAUUCAGUUGUGGUGUGGUCUCUAAGCUGAAGAAUCUGGAAAAUGGUGCCACUGAAAACAAAUAUUCUUCCCUGCUUGACUGUCUGUGUCGUUGGGGGAAAGUGGGACACAUUCUUGAAUUAAUCUAUGAUUGGAUAACAGCUGAGCCAGUCGGAAGAGAGAGUAACGGCACUUCUGAACGGCGAGUACACUUCCAGGAGACACAUGAGUCGAAACCAGAAUUGGCGCUUGAUUAUAUGGAGUAUUUGCUGACUCAUUACAUGAAUCGGGAUUGUCUCCUGUCACUCCCCAAAGAGAAGCUGGACCAUCUUUUGAAAGGCCUUGAAGCUGCAAAGGAUGUUCUAGGCUCUUCUAGUAGUGGAUCUUAUGCAAGGCCUCCCUUUUACCCUGCAACUGCACUGAGAGCCUUCAGUCUGUAUUGCAGAUUAAAUAUACAUCUUCAGUAUAAGUUUGCCUCUGAAGGGCAGGAGUACCUGUCAGCUUUGGAGAAAGCAGGAGCGUGGAUAGAAAGUAGCAUUCUGCCUGCUUUUGAAAUAGAUGAACAGGAAGGCAACAUAGAGCAGUCCAGUGAAACUUCUCAGCUAGUGGUUCAGAAUUACCUGACAGUUUGCAAAGAUGUUAUAGCUGUUGGUCUUGGUGAUUCAGAAUUUCAAGCACACCUUCUGAACUUGACCAUUGUCAUCAUACACACAGACAGAGGCUAUGUCUGCAUUCCAAUGAUACUUGGUAUCCUGAGAGAGAUUGUUGAAGCUUCUUUAGCCCAUAAUACUGAUAGCAGUGACUGGGAAGAGCUUCUUGACAAUGUUCAGAAGAUGUUGCAGAAGAUUCUAGAAUGCAUGGCACUGAGACUCAGAAAACAGCAUGAAGAAGGAAUCCAGUUCAUUCAUUCUGUUCAGGAGCCUCUUCGAGAAUUUGUACAUGUGGUUCAGUGUUGUGCUUUGACUUGUCCAGCUGUUCACCAUGGAGUCCUUUCUUCUCUGCUCGCUGCAACAGUAGUCGAGACAGGCUACACCUUGCAACACAAGGCAUCCACUCCAGAAGAGCUGACUCCACCUAAGUCUUUUUCAGACCUCCCCCCACUUUCAAGCAUUUUGAUGGCAAUAGUGAGCAAGUCAGCAAAUGUGGUCAGAUCUUUUCUAAAUGAGUUAACAGAGUCCAUUGAGUCUGAAGAAAUUGAAGGGAUUGUCAGCAUUACAGCAACUGUGUACAUUGUUGCUUUAAUUAAAGCAGGUAAGCAUAGGCCAUCAUACAUAAAGGAUAUAGCAUCUGCCCUUCAGAGGAAGUUAACAUCAUACAGCGAGAUUAUCAAGGAAGAUGGUAGCAGCAUGCAAAGGUAA